AUGUCGACAUCCACAAACCCACAGUCGGAUGAGCACAAGCUCCAGCACGAGGCCACCACCACCGAUGGAGAUGCAAAUGAGCCACAAAACCUCCCGGACUACGGGACAAAGUUCAUUAGUUCAGAGCACCUCGAGCAGUUCAAAAAGGCUCUUGAUGCCCCCGAAGCGCUGUCCCUCACUGCCGUGAACGACUGGCGACCGAUCAAUCAACGAGUACGAAAGCCUGCGAAUGGGCGUAAACCGAGACGACGACGGAAGGACGAAACCCGGGAAGGAUUCGUAUAUACAUUGCUGAAAUGGCCAUUCCUUAUAUUUGUUUUGAUGUGGAUAGCUGUGCUGAGCUUCUGCUAUCUCCUCACACGUUUCUAUAUACUCUUUUAUGAGAACCUGUUUUCCUGGAAAGGGAAAAGGCGCAAACUACGAAAGACACUUCGAUCUACAGACGAAUACGAAAGAUGGAAAGAUGUUGCAAAAGAACUGGAUACAUUUUUAGGCAAUGAUGUCUGGAAGGAGGACGAUGAGUAUGCUUAUUAUAACCAUGUCACUGUCAACGCUGUCGUUACACAGCUGCAAGACCUGAGGGCGAGGAUCCAGGUUGCCACAGACGAAGGCCGCAAGCCAGAGAAGGAACACGCCGUCGAAGAGCUUCGUGCUCUGCUUGAGGCCUGCAUCAAGAACAACUUUGCUGGCGUUGAGAACCCAAGACUCUACAGUGAAACGUACUUUGGGACAAAGCACCUCGUUCAACAAUUCAUCAACGAAGCUGAGGCAUCCUUGAGAAUCUUGCUUGAGAACGGCGGCUUACAAGACCAUGAUAAAGCGCUUUUCUUCAAACACCUAGACACAAACUUUGGACGAACGGCUUUGUGUCUCUCUGGGGGGGCCACGUUCGCCUACUACCACUUUGGCGUGGUUCGGGCCCUUCUGGACAACGGGGUGUUACCUGAUAUCAUAUCUGGAACAUCGGGAGGUGCUCUUAUUGCUGCUUUAGUUGCCACUAGAACUGACGAUGAGCUAAAGCAGCUACUUAUUCCUGCACUUGCACACAAAAUCAAAGCCUGCCGUGAUGGCUUUUCCGUCUGGGCGAGACGGUGGUGGCUCACGGGCGCGCGAUUUGAUACCAUGGAUUGGGCGGAACAGUGUAGCUGGUUCUGCCGUGGUUCGACGACGUUUCGAGAAGCAUAUGAGAGGACAGGUCGCAUUUUGAAUGUAUCAUGCGUACCGUCCGACCCUCAUUCCCCAACCAUCCUGGCAAAUUAUCUGACUUCCCCCAACUGUGUAAUCUGGAGCGCCGUCAUUGCAUCUGCUGCGGUUCCAGGCAUCCUGAACCCUGUCGUUCUUAUGAUGAAGAAACCAGACGGAACCCUGUCACCAUAUUCCUUCGGUCACAAGUGGAAGGAUGGCAGCCUUAGAACGGAUGUUCCCUUAAAAGCACUAGAUAUUCAUUUCAAUGCUACUUUCCCCAUAGUUUCACAGGUUAACCCUCAUAUCAGCCUCUUCUCGUUCAGCACUCGUGGUAGUGUCGGCCGCCCAGUUAGUCACCGCAAAGGUAGAGGCUGGCGUGGCGGCUUUCUUGGUUCUGCCAUUGAACAGUUCAUCAAGCUCGACCUUACCAAAUGGCUAAAGGUCCUCAGGCGCCUUGAACUACUUCCUCGCCCACUUGGGCAAGACUGGAGCGAGGUCUGGCUCCAGCGUUUUGGUGGCACAAUAACCAUAUGGCCUAGAUCAGUUUUGUCUGAUUUUUACUAUAUUCUAUCAGACCCAUCCCCGGAAAGAUUAGCUCAUAUGCUACAUGAGGGUCAAUCAAGUACCUUCCCAGCAAUCCAGUUCAUCAAGAACAGAAUGAAGCUGGAGAAUGUUAUCCGUGAAGGCUACUUAAAGUACACUUCUCCAGAUAGGAAUCCCAAUGCUGUGGACUCUGGAAUCCGUCGUAGGCGUGUGCCUACCCGGUCUCAGUCUGAAAGAAUUAUUGGAGCCGCGAUUAACGGUGAACAAACCGUCGAUCUGCUAAGUGAUCAAAACGUAAACGGAACCUAUACUUCUGAUGAACAGUAUACAACGGAUGAACCUCCCGAGUUGGACCCAAAGCAGAUACCCUCUUCCCCCAACCGCCGUGAUAGUGGUGUUAUAGAAGAGCUGAAGCGGCAAUCUGCUGUGUUCUUCGAUGAUGACGACGACGACGAUGCCGCAACCCUAAGCGAGUGA